AUGACGAGCUCGACUCCGCGGCGCUUCGGGCAGGUCAUCAAGCUGCGUCGCGAAUGCCUACAAGCGUAUAAAGACUGUCACGCAGCGGUAUGGCCGGCGGUUGUACAGCAGAUUCGAGACUGCCACAUCACCGACUACAGCAUCUUCCUCGAUGAGGCGACGAUGACCCUCUUCGCAACGAUGAAGUACGUUGGCUCUGAUUGGGACGGCGAUAUGGCGGCCAUGCGAGCGAACCCGGAGGUCCGUCGAUGGUGGGAGAUGACGGAUGCGAUGCAAGAGACGCAGGUGGAGGGCAGCAUUGGAAGUACAGAUUCGAAGGGCUGGUGGAAGGAUCUGGAGGAGGUUUUUAGGGUUGAGUGA